AUGUAUAGGAACCAGGCAGGCACUGCUGAGGUAUUCUCUAUUCUUGAGGAAUGCAUUUUGGGAGCCGACACCUCUGCUGAAUUUGAGGAAACUGGCCAUGUGCUCUCAAUUGGUGAUGGUAUUGCCCGUGUGUAUGGCCUAAGAAAUGUCCAAGCAGAAGAAAUGGUAGAGUUUUCUUCUGGGCUGAAGGGAAUGUCCUUGAACUUGGAGCCUGACAACGUUGGUGUUGUUGUGUUUGGUAAUGACAGACUGAUCAAGGAAGGGGAUGUUGUGAAGAGAACUGGUGCUAUUGUGGAUGUUCCAGUUGGAGAAGAGCUGCUGGGCCGUGUUGUAGAUGCCCUGGGCAAUCCAAUUGAUGGGAAGAGUUCUUUUACAUCUAAGACACGUAGAAGAGUUGGCUUAAAGGCCCCUGGCAUCAUUCCCAGAAUCUCUGUGCGGGAACCUAUGCAGACUGGUAUUAAGGCUGUGGACAGCUUGGUGCCCAUUGGUCGUGUCCAGUGUGAGCUGAUCAUUGGUGACAGGCAGACCAGGAAAACUUCAAUUGCAAUUGACACAAUAAUCAACCAAAAACGAUUUAAUGACAGAGUAGAUGAGAAAAAGAAGUCGUACUGUAUCUACGUUGCUAUUGGCCAGAAGAGAUCUACUGUUGCUCAGUUGGUGAAGAGGCUCACUGAUGCAGAUUCGCCAGAGGGCAAGAUGGCGCUGACUCCUUCGGCCCCACCAGAAACAACGACCCUGGAGAUAAAGAAGAACGAAGUGAAGCAGGAGCAACCAUCCCAUAAAAGGGAGGACCCACCUCCAUACCCGGCUCGCAGCAUAUAUCCUUCGCUUAAGCCCUAUAAAGAUAACGGGGAAGGGGGCCCGUACAAUACACCCUAUGGCAUGAUGAAUGGGAUAGACUACUUCAAGCUGUGGUGGCUGCUGCCAACCGGGACCCCCACCAUCCAGCCAAUGGCCAGCGCAGAGGCGAGAGAACUACUCUUGUACGUCUUCAAGGCCGGGCAGAUGGAAUGGUGGGAUCCCCGGAGGGCCAAGCAGCAAUGCUCAGACCAGGAGAGCUGGCAGCUGUUACAACGGCAGCCCUCCAAGCCCUGCGAGAAGUGGCUAAGGUUGUGGAACCUGUGCAUCCGUGGGCAGACAUAA